ACAGUAUAACCGGCUAGACAUUGAAAAUGUUUUAGUUACCCUAUUGGCACCUUUGUCAAAACCAGCUGAUUGCUUUUCCCUCGUUUUCUUAUCCGAUUUGUUGUAUUUUCAUAGGAAACCACAAUACAUUCGAAAUGUUACUAACAGUUUCGCUCUUUAACAAGGGCUCUUUCUUGGGGUCUUUGAUUAACAAAUGCAGGCAAGUUGUACGAAUUAAAAACGAAAAGUCCUUAAAUAUUAAUCUGAACCCAAACUUAUCCAAUACUCCAACAAUCGCACCAAAUGUCCCUCUUGAAUCGGCCAUUGCAUUUACUAACAGACCACUUGCACCACCUGCGAAUAUAAGUUUACGCGGCCCUCCCUCGGUUGCAGCUUCUACAAAAGUAACAAUAGAGGAAAAAGUGGGUUUACCAAUUCGACCUAAAAAGCCAUUAACUCCAUACUUUCGAUUUAUGAAAGAGCUUAGACCAAAAAUAGUGGCGUCUAAUCCUAAAAUGUCGCUCGUUGAUAUAGUGCGACAAGUAUCAAAAAAAUGGGAAUCUGCGGAUCCUUCAUUGAAACAACGCUUGCAGGAAGAGUACAAAAAAGAGCAACAGGAAUAUGUAGAAAAGCGUACCAAAUACGAGUCCAAAAUUACAGAUGAGCAACGCAACCAGAUAAAGGAACUUAAGCAAGAAAAAGUAGAGGCAAAAGAGAGACGCAUGAUGAGAAGACGAAUUAAGGACUUAGGACGUCCUAAGAAACCAGCAUCGGCAUUUAUACGUUUUAUUGCUAAGGAAAGAAUCAGAACGCCACAGACAGCCCAACAAACUUUCCGUGAAUGGCACCAAGCUGCAACACAAAGAUGGUCAGUUCUUUCACCGACAGAAAAAGAGAUUUACAUGCAAGAAUCUCGCAAGGACUUUGAAACGUAUAGAAAAGAAAUAGCCCAAUGGGAGGAGAAGAUGAUACGUUUAGGUCAUAUUGAUGUCGUUCGUCAAACAAAUUUAAUUGACCCACCUGAAAUAAAGCCCAAGAAGCGUUAAAUAAAAUGCCUCUUCCUGAAAUUGAAAUCAUCAAAACCAUUGCUUGGUACUUUUAUCCAAAGCCCUCAUCAUUAUCGUUUGAGUUAUUUUUGUUGCCUUUUUAUAGGAAGACUUUAUUUAACAAAGUCUGGUAUUAAUCACGUAAUAGUAAGUUUUGAAAAAUUGUAUGCUUGUUCAAACUAAAACGCAUACGACUGAAAUGUUCAAUAAAUCUUUGGAUGGUUUGUAGAACAAGAAGAAAGAAUUUUAAUGGGACUCAAUUUUGUGAAAAUGUUGGUAUUUACAAUAAUAAAUUGCAUUUAUUUCAAAAUGAGCACUUUAUUAACCCCAAAAACUGCCAAAUUCUGAACACUCCCUACACAGCAACAAAUAAAAAUCGAUUUCAAUCACAAAACUAA